GCGAUUCGCUGGACCGGGGCAUACCGGUUCUCCUCGGGCGGAUGGAGAUUCGAAGGUCGUCGCGUGAUGGGCGUGCAGUCGUUAUCUGUGGAGCGUGCGAGUGCGUGAGCGGUGCCGUCUGUGUCCGACUUUCCGUGUCUCUUCGGGUCGGAUGCUGCGAAUGAGCUCGUCUGCUCCGUCAUGAUCGUGGAAUAAAAGAAGAAUUUCCGGCGGAGGAAGAAUGAGGAUUCCGAUCGCGAGGGGAUGCUGCUGCCGGUGCCUCAGCAACAGGGAGGGCAGCAUCGUCAUCGCCGUCUUGGGACUGGUCGAAGCCGUCGGCUCCAUCCUGUCGAUCUUCCCGCAUUUCGUCGACCUGUCGGUCGUCGACAUUAAGUUCCCCAUGAGCGGAAACAUUUACGUGAAGAUUACCAUCACCGUAGUCUCCGCCAUAUUCGUCAUGAUGAAUUCCCUUCUCAUCCACGGAAUCCGCAAGUCGAACCGGAAGCUGAUGAUCCCCUGGCUCUGCGCGGCGUUCCUGUUCCUCGUCCUCAUGGUCCUGGCCGCCGUCGCGCUGGCCAUCCUCACCGUCGUCGUCGGCACGCGCGACCCCAGCUGGACCGCCCACCUCGCCGUCGCGACCGUCGCCCUCGUCGUCCUCUGCCCCGUCGGGGCCCACUUCUUCCUCGUCGUCUACACGCAUUUCAAGGAACUCGAGAACUCGGAGAGAGACGGAGAGGGCCACGAAAGGAUUCGUUUCAAAGAGGCCAUCCACAGCAACCCGUGAAGCGAGAAGUGGAUGCCAUCGUCCACCAUAGUUUUUCCCCUCCCUGCGCUGCCGCGUAUUCCGGGAGAUGCCGAGCGUCCCUCCUCGAUCCUUCUGCUUCGCGGGUUUCUUUUUCACUCGACUCGGCUUCGUGUGCGUGUUUCUGACUCUUUCUUGAGAUUUAUUUGAGAUGGAAUAAAUGCGAGAUUGAAUUUC